GUGACGCGCGGCGCGCAUGGGGCUCUCUAGCGCUCGGCGUCGCUGUGGUCAGAGCAGGAACUACAGGAGCAGCGCUCUGGGACGAGCACAGCUGUCAGAAGCGUGCGGGACGACAUUAACCACCUCAGAGCUGCCAACGGAUCUCAUCUGUGCGCCAGCAGCAUGGCUCGUGGACACCAGAAAAUCCAGUCUCAGCAGAAGAACGCCAAGAAGCAGGCAGAAAUCAAGAAGUCCAAAGGCCACGACCAGAAGACGGCGGCGAAAGCGGCGCUGGUGUUCACGUGUGGCGUCUGCAGGUCGCAGAUGCCAGAUCCCAAGACCUUCAAGCAGCACUUUGAGAGCAAGCACCCCAAGAGCCCUCUUCCCCCAGAGCUGGAGGGUGUGGAGGCGUGAAGACACCAGAGCUUGAUGAUUGUAUAAAACAUCACUAUAAGAGUCCUGAUCUCAAGUUUUACUCAGCAGGACACAAUCAGCGCUCUUUCCUGAGUUUUAUACAUGCAUCCUCCCCUUCACUGCAGACAUGAAUCCCGUGGAUCAAAGACUGAUGACGUUUAGCUUCCCUCUCAACACUGUUUCAGUGCUCUUGCCUUGGCUGCGAUCAGAUCAGUGUAUUACCUCAACCUGCGCUCACACGCGUUCUUUUCUCCUCUUUCUUGUGUCAUUUAAUAGAUUGAGAGAAAUAAGAACACUACCAGAGAUCCUCAGUUGAUCAUCAGUAACCUAAAUGUGGUAGUUACAGACAUAUUUGUCUGCUUUUGCUUGCUAGAUAAGUCAUAGAUGAGUGCAAAUGGACAUGGGACCGGCUACUUGAGAUUUUCUCAUUCACUAAUUUUGCUUUCCACCGAUCAAUCUCUUUGAGUCCAAAGCGAACUGGAUCUGUACACUGAAACUGGAACCUGAUGCGUUUCUGUGAAUCACUGGAUGUGCCCGAGGUUACUGUAUUCUUCAUUUUAAAGUUGCUGCAAAUGUUAUUUCUCUUUGGAAUGAUCUCAAACAAUAUCGCCUCAAUGUUUGAUAUUCCCGCUCAGGCCGCCUGGUUUCCGCACCACUGUAAUAUAUCUCUGUAAUAAAAUUGAACUUUAA